AUGGGUAAGAAACAAGACCCUGCUGAAACUCUUCGCAAAGCCAAAGAGAAGGGCGCUGGACAAGAUACUGGUAUUGCGGAUAGUAAACGGACUUUCAGGAAACUUGAGCCAGGAACGAAAAGAAACUAUCAAAAACAGUUAGAUCUGUGGCAUAAAUUUGUGAGACAGAACCCAGACACAUCUCCAUACGAUCUACGCUCACUGCAAAAAUUUGUCAUGGCUAUGGCAUAUGCAAUCAACAGCGCAGAAGGCAUUGAAGCAGCCUGUGUGGAAACUGUGCGGAAGAACUGGAAUGCUUUCACAGCUGCAUGGCGUCAAGCUAACACUGAGAGCCCCGAAAUACCUCGCGAUAUUAUACGGGAGAGACUGGGCUUACAGAUUAGAGAUUCAGUAGAGGUCGAACGGCGCGUAAGCGACGCGAGACCAGCCCGAAAGGGCGGAGCCCGACUCGGGCUUUCCAAUGAUACUCUUGUCGAAGGUGUGGUAUAUGUGGUUGUCGCUAGGGUCGGCGUUGAAGUUAGCCGAUCUGGGGCGACAGUGAGGGUUCUGCCAAGAGCGUGA